AUGGCAGCCCUCUCAUCCGCCAUCAAGGGCAUGUCCUCGACAAUCUAUUCAAAUCUCUUUAUCGAACUUCCAAUCCAGAAAGGCGAUCUCACCGGACAAACGGUCAUCGUCACGGGUUCAAAUCAAGGUCUCGGCUAUGAAGCCAGUCGUCAUUUCCUACUCCUCGGGGUCGAGCGACUAAUCAUGGCCGUCAGAAAUCUUGAAAAGGGUAAAGCCGCACGGCUCAAACUUCUCGAGGACACUGUCCGGGAUCCAAGUGCCAUUGAAGUCUGGGAACUCGACAUGGACAGCUAUGCUUCCGUCAAGAAAUUCGCUACUCGCGUGGAGACACUUCCCCGACUUGACGCUCUUUUGGCAAAUGCCGGCCUUGCUACGACGACUUUCAACUUGUCAGAGGACAAUGAGAAGACCAUUACGGUCAAUGUGGUCGGCACUUUCUUGCUGAUCCUCUUGCUUCUACCUAAAUUGCGCGAGUCGGCGUCGAAAUUCGAUAUUUGUCCUCGAGUAUCGAUCGUGAAUUCAGCCCUGCACUAUAUCGCACCCUUGGCAGAGAUCGACGUUUCCAAUCAAGCCGGCAUCUUCUCUCGACUAAAUAACAAGAAGACUGCAAACAUGGCAAUGCGGUACCCUUUAUCAAAACUGCUGUUGCUCUUCGCGGUUCGAGCAUUGGCCAAACGCCUGGAAGAGAGCAAGGGGCCCAUGGUCGUCGUCAACACGCCUAACCCCAGCUGGUGCAAGUCCCAGCUCAUGCGAGAGAACGAAAGUUUUGGUAACCGCGUGGGCGAGCGUAUGAUGGCGCGCAGCACCGAAGAGGGCAGUCGUGCUUUAGUAAAUGGAAUUCUAUCUGGGAAAGAGAGCAGUGGGCAGUAUAUUGACAAUUGUCAAGUGAAGAGUCCGGCUUGUAUUGUCACUAACCCGAAAGGGACAAAGAUUCAAGAGGCGUUCUUCAAUGAGCUUAUGGAGAAGCUUGAGAAGAUAUCACCUGGAAUCGGCCUCAAUAUUUAG